AUGACUCCAUCCAUCUGGAUCAACUUUGGCACCGAGACGUCGUCCAGCUCCUAUGCGGACUGGGUGGGUGUUCCCGGGAGCCCUGGCUCGUCCAACCAGGCCCUCAUGAGCCUCGACGACGUGCCGGAUUUCGAUAAGGACGUCGACGACGCGCUCGAGUUCAACUUCGACCACCCCAUCGGUGCCCAGUUAGAUGGCGCGAACGACUGGCACAGAAUUCUCUUCAACUCGGCGCUGCCGUUCCCACUGGCGCUCACCGACGACGCGUCGUCGACUAUGGACACAGUACACCAGCCGCUCUCUCCCGUCUCUGACGGAACACUUGUAAAUUCUCCUUCCUUGUCGCCGAUCCCGGACUUGAAGCUGCCCCCACAGGGAGACCAGCAUGUCGACCACAUGCUGCCGUCUUCCUCCGAGUCCUCCCCCUUCGAUGGGUUCCAGUUCGAUUUCACGUUUGAAAUCCAUGGCCAGGUGACUGUCAUGCCACUGCCAGCAUCUUCUUACGGGCUCUCAGCGGGGUACGACGCUCCCGUAUAUGACUAUGACGGCUUCUGGCCGGGGUAUCCGCUCGUGCAGCACACGGUCGGUGCUGCGGGCGCUGGUGUUACAGGCCUGGCGACGGGCAUGGGCCUGAACGUGGACUCGGCCGCGUCCAGCUUCAUGGCCCCGAGCCUUCCUCCGUGUUCCUCUCCACCAUCGUCCCCGGUGGACGAGAAGGACGAGAUGAUCAUCGUGGAUGAGAAGGCCGCAGAGGUCAACGAGGAGAAGGACGCACCUGUCGUAAAGAAGGCCGCCCGCGCGACGCGCAUGAAGCGCCGCACCGACAGUGACGACGGCUACUCGUCGGGCGACUCCCACAACAGCGACGAGUCUGCACCGAAGAGGAAGCGGCGCAAGCAGGACACGACCAAGCGCUUCCUAUGCCCGUUCGAGGGCUGCGGGCAGGCGUUCUCUCGAACGCAUAACCUUAAGCAGCACACGGCUAGUGUCCACGAGGGCAAGCGCCCAUACGGCUGCCGCGAGCUUGGAUGCGAGCGGUCCUUCAGCAGGAAACACGACCUGACGCGACACCACCAGUCUGAGCACACUGAUUUGGGGUCCCCGCGCAACGCCGGCAACGCCAAGAAAGGCAACACCAAGAAAGGCAACGCCAACAAGAAGAGCAAGACGAUCGCUAAGGACGAGCACGACUAGUAGGCCGGGCAGUGUGAUUCACGGCUUCCGCCGGAUCGCGCUCAGCAGCAUUAUAUCAUCUCUCGAAUCGGCUGCCCUGCACGAGCAUUCAGCACAAGCGCUGACAGCCCGUUGUGGCGGUCGAUUCAUUUUUGAGGGUUGGUAUAUCGCUGAUGACCGAGGACGGGCAGGUGCGUCUUCGUACGGGAACGGCUCCAGGGUCCGGUGCUCUGGAGGACCGCUUCCCGCGAAGAGGUAUCUGCAUGGGCUCUUAGAAUCGGAUUUUCUUGCACGUGUUUCGUGGUACGGAUAGUGUCGUAUAUGUUUCUUGCGUUUGUGUCUUGUCUGGAUCUAGCUAUCGCCGCCGUGUUCUAUUUACCAUCUCCCCUCCAUUCCCAUCUACUACAAUAUCGAUGUCUCAUGUACGAUAGAACGUGUUGGUUCUUGGCACCGAUUCCGUGAUCUCGUUGGCUACGUAUAUACUCCUGUGCUCUACCUCGCUCUCCGCGUUCGCUAUCUCGUGUUCAUGUACGGUGUUGGUCUUCC